AUGAUGGACAGGGAGCGCCUCAACUUCGCAAAGCAGGGCGCGGGCCGUUUGGCUCCAGUGUUGGCGCUGUGGGUGCUGCUGAACGGCCUGAGGAUCGUCAGCUCGGGGGGGGACAGGUUUCACCACGAUGCCAUCCCCCUGGCCUUCCUGUUGGUCGUUUGCGUGUUCGUAGAACUUUUCCCCGAUGGCGUUACGACCAAGUCUUUGAAUUCUUUCUUCGCGAUGCUGUGCUUCUGGCCCGUCUGCACGGCGCUGGCGGGGCAGGACAUAGCCCAGCGAAGCGACAGUAUGGUGGCAGUGCUGGUGGACACGUUCAAAAGGUUCUUCUUGCAGGCGCUUGUCGGCGCCAACACGAUCCACCCCAAGGUGGCGUGCACCCUCAUCCUGCUGCAGGGCAUCGCGCGCGCCAUAAUCUUCUGGCUGCGCGGGGACGCGCAGUGGUUCCCCAGCGAUGCGGAGGGCGUGCUCCUCGCCCUCGGGAUGUGCCUAUGGAUCGUCCUCGUGGAGCUCCGGUUCCUUGGCGUCUUCCGCUGCUCCCUGGAGACCUUCGACCCUCCGGUCAUCGAGCUCCGUCUCCACUGCCUGCUCUACGCCCUCUACGACGUGGUCGUCACCCUGGACACCGACCUGUGCGUCGCGGCCAGGGCUCCGAAGCUGGACCUGCUCCUGAACACGCGGGACGCGCAGGGCGCCCACCUCGCGGACUUCAUGGGCUCGACCGACCGGCAGCGCUUCCUCGAGUUCGUGGCGCGGGCGCCGCCGGACGUCAGCAACGCGAAGAGUAACCCUCCGCCGGCGCAGUCGCUGAACGUGCACCUGCUGGACGGGCGGGGCUCGUGGAUCCAGGUCCAGCUGUUCCACACGCAGUUCCAGAACUUCGGCAGCAAGCAGGUGGAGCACCUCAUCGGCAUCUGCGAGGUGGGCGACAGCGGCGGCAGGGCGGCCGGUGGCGGGACCGGCUGCGGCACCUCCGGGAUCUCCGUGGGGAGGGAGAGCUCCCGCGCCGGAACGGGCACCUCCGUCGACGCCCCGAGCACGACCCACGGGCCCGACGACCAGGAUAGCGACUGCAGCCUGGUGGCCGGCGACAGCGCCUCGGCGGCCGGGAUCCGCUCGAGGACGACGAGGGACCCCAGGGCAGAGAAGGAGAGCUCGAUCGCCGAGCUGCCAGAGCAGGAAGACCGCGUGGGGCCCCUGAGGGGGGAGGCGGAAGACUCGUACGACGGGGCCUCCUGGCAGCAGUCGACACAGCAGCCUGGGGAGGUGAACAUCACUUUCGACACAUUGAGAUUUACCAUCAGGCAGAGCCAGUCCACGAACCCAGUUGUGGACGCGAGCCUGCUGACAAACGAGAGCCUCCAGCAGUGGGUCGCGGGGUGGUUGAGCUGUCGUGCAUGGAUGGAGGAUUUUGUGAAUGCGAUCCUGCGGCCGGUGAACAGCGAAUCGUGGCCUGACAGAGCCGGCCCUCCCGCGAGUGCCAGCUUCCGGGUGGCCUUCCGCGGCAGUUGUAAGUUGCCCCCUGAUAUUCUGACCAGGAACGGCGUACCUUACAGCCCCCCCAGCUUCGCUGUACCAGGCGUCGGUGCUGCGAACGGUAUAGAGUCCCGUCGUCCGCAUUCUUCUGACGUCGACGGCGCCAUGACCUUUGCCGGCUCAGGUCCACCUGUGCGGAUGAAGGUAAGCAAGGUGAGCAUCUCGCGGCGCCGCCGCGAUGACCGUUCGAGCCGGCACCACAGCAGGGAACGCGUGUCACCCUCGACUCCCGUUCGCGGGCACAGCAGCCCGGCCUUGGCGACACAGCGCGGGCGGUUCCCUCAGGAGAGUGCUCAUUCGCGGCGCACGGACGCCGAGCCUGGCUUGCAUGCGCCCGCUCCAUCCUCGUUCGGUGCAGCACAGAGCCGGCGUGAGUCUGUCGACAGCCUGGGUGAGAGUGAGAGCAAGGACGGCGCCGAGAUGGAGAGCGAACACACCGUCCAAAUCUGA